AGUACUCAGUACUCAGUACUCACUCGUACUUUCAAUUGGAAGUGGGGAAUGGGAAUUGGAAGUGGAAUGGGAAUUCGAAUUGGAAUCGCCCCGCUCCACUGAGCGAUUCCAUAUAAAAGCGUUGGCGCUGCCCAGCCGGCGUUUCUUUUAACCCAACAAUGCCGCGAAGUGCGCUCAUCGUUCCCGGUCUCAUUUGGAUCGCGGCCUUGGCCCUGGGCGCCACCUUGGAGGCGGAGCAGCCACCAUCGCCCACGCCCUCGCCAUCUCCCUCGCCUGCCGUCAAGAGAGGCCUGCUGCGGGGACAGCCCGCGGUGCCACCCAGCCCGAGAUGGGGCGCCAACAUGCAGAUGCUGCGCCGCCACAACAGUCCCGCCUUCAACUUCUGGACGGAGGACAGCGAGACGAACAUCUGGGAGCACUGCGGCCUCUUCGAGGGCGACAUCAUGCUCCACCGCGAGCUGCUGAGGAACGGGUUGCUCAACGAGCGCCUCACUUGGCCUGAAGCAGCCGUGCCCUUCUACAUAGAUCCCCAGGAUUUCGAUACCAACCAGACCAUGGUGAUACUGAAGGCCUUCAAGGAGUACCACGACCGCACCUGCAUCCGCUUCCGGCCGUACGAGCAGGGCGACAAGCACUGGCUGCUCAUCAAGGGCAACUACUCCGGCUGCUGGUCGAGCGUCGGUCGUCGGUCUGGUGGCCAGGUGCUCAACCUGAACACGCCCAAGUGUGUCACGCAUGGAGUGGUGGUGCACGAGCUGCUCCACGCCCUGGGCUUCUAUCACCAGCAGAGCGCCACGGAGCGGGAUGAGUACGUGAAGAUCAACUGGGAGAACAUCCUCGACGGCCACGCCCACAACUUCAACAAGUACGCCCGCACGCACAUCACCAACUUCGGGGUGGAGUACGACUACCAGAGCGUCAUGCACUACAGUUCCCGGGCUUUCAGCAAGAACGGAAAGGCCACCAUCGAACCACUGGAUCCGUACGCCUCGCUGGGCCAGAGACGCGGCCUCUCCGACAAGGAUGUGUCCAAGCUGAACGAGAUGUACGAACAGGACUGCAGCGAGGACUACCUACUCAACUUCGACCGCUUCGGGAACUACAUUGACGAGCUGCUCGACUACUUCCAGGGCAACAUUCAGGAUCUGCUCGGAUAGAGACGCCUGAUGCCAAUAAACGAAAGUAUCGGCUAGGUGACGAAAAACGUGAA